CAUGAGCCAAGGUCUCUUUGUGUGCGUCUUUCUCGAGCUAAGAGAGGUAUAAACAGUCAAAGAUUGAGUUUUUUGAGUGACAAUAAGGGUCAGUGCCCAGUAGAAUGAAUUUUAACUUUCUUCUCAAGCGUUUCGUUGGAAGCUCAUUGACUUGUUCAUACCAUUCAUUCAUUCCUUCGUUGGAGACUAAGCACUGAGCAGCAGCAGUCCAAGGCCAUGGAGAGUAUGCUUGGUUUUGCAGGGGAUCCAUUGCUGGUGCAGACUUUUGAAUCCAAAAAAGUCAGAAUCUUUCAUUCUGAUCUGUUGGACUAUCACAGCAUAAUGGAUGCAUUGAAGGGAGUACUGGUGACUGCUGAUCUCAAGUUUGUGGUGGACGCUCACAUCUGUGUUUUUGAAGAUAGCUCUGCCUAUGGACGCUAUCUUUGCUUCGACCGCGUCGUCAACUGCAACCAAGAUGCGGUUGAGCUGGCUCGUAUGCUAUCGCCGCCCUCCUCGGCCAAUGUCGCCACUUUGGAGGAGGAUACGUCAGUAUACCAACAGAGAAUAACAAACAAGAAACUAAACAAACUCAUGGUUGACUUUGAUAAUAGUCUUAUUCAGCUUCACUAAUUAUAUAGAUUGUCUUCUUAUAUGUUUAGGAUCUGUGCAAGUUUAGACUCAAAUGGAAUUAAAGAACAGGUAAUUGUGAUA